AUGCCAGCUAUCGGCAUCGACUUGGGAACAAUCUUCUCGUGUGUAGGCGUUUUUGAAUGUGAAAGGGUGGAGAUCAUUGCUAAUGAACAAGGCAACCGUAUAACGCCAAGUUAUGUAGCCUUUACGGAGAAAGAAUGUCUCGUCGGCGAUGCUGCAAUGAAACAGGCAGCAAUGAAUGCCACCAAUACAGUGUUUGACGUGAAGCGACUGAUGGGAUGUCGUUUCAACGAUGAGGCAGUACAGGAGUGCAUUAAACACUGGCCAUUCAAGGUGGUCGAUGUGGAUGGGGUAUUGAAGGUGGAGGUGCAAUUUCGUGGUGAGACAAAGCAUUAUUGUCCGGAGGAGAUCUCAGCCAUGGUGCUUUCGAAGAUGAGGUCGAUUGCAAAGCGGUAUUUGUGUGAGGAUGUGACAGAUGCAGUGAUCACAGUGCCGGCGUACUUCAACGUGAACCAGCGUCGGGCCACAAUAGAUGCGGGGAAAUUGGCGGGUUUGAGAGUGAUGCGUCUCAUCAACGAGCCGACCGCAGCUGCCAUCGCCUACGGCAUAGACCGACGCAGCGAGAAGCGGCGCAACGUGCUCAUCUUAGAUCUGGGCGGUGGCACAUUGGAUGUGUCCAUUCUGUCAGUUGAGAAUGGCAAGUUCGAUGUGAAGGCGGUUGGUGGUGACACGCAUUUGGGCGGACAGGACUUUGAUUCUCGAGUGGUGAAUCACUGUUUGAAAAUAUUUACAAAGGAUCACCCAGGAAGAGAGUUGGAAUCAAACGCAAAGGCCAUGAGUCGUCUGAGGAAGGCGUGUGAGGAAGCGAAGAGGACGUUGUGUUCGGCCCAGUACACCAAUGUAAGCGUGGAGUCAAUGUGUGGAGACAUCGACUUUGAUUUGCGCAUUACGAGAGCCCGAUUCGAGGAGCUGUGCGCGGACCUCUUUACCAGAACAAUGGAUGCGGUGAAGAGGGCGUUGGAUGAUGCCAAUGUGGACAAGGCGGACCUUCAAGAGAUAGUGCUAGUUGGUGGGUCAACACGAAUGCCCAGGGUGGAGAAGAUGCUGAAGGAGUACUUCGGUGACAUUAAGGUGAACAAUUCCAUCGAUGCAGACCAGGCAGUGGCUUAUGGUGCAGCACUGAUGGCGUCCAAGUUGGCUGGUGUGAAGUCGGAUAAGGUGGAGGAUUUGAUGCUGUUGGAUGUGACUCCUCUGUCUCUGGGUAUGGAGACAACGGGUGGGAUAAUGACGACACUGAUCAAGCGAAACACCAAAAUCCCAACAAAGAGGACCAAGUUCUUCUCCACGUGUGUGGACAAUCAGUCAACUGUCUUAGUUCAGGUGUAUGAAGGUGAGCGUGCAAUGGCGAAGGACAACAAUCUGUUGGGCAAGUUCCAAUUGACAAGCAUCCCACCUGCUCCACGUGGCAAACCUCAGAUUGAAGUGACCUUUGAGGUUGAUGUGAACGGCGUUCUCAAAGUGUCCGCGGUGGACAAGGGGACAGGAAAGCAGAACAACAUCACCAUCGACGAUACGGGUCGUCUGUCCGAAGAGGAGAUUGAGCGGAUGCUGAAUGAUGCAGAACAGUUCAAGCAGGUGGAUGAGAUGGAGAGGGACAGGAUGGAGGCGAAGAUCAAAUUGGAGAAGUACAUCUUCAGCAUAAUAUCAGAAGUUGAUACCAAGGAGGUGAGACGAGUGUCGUCAGAUGAGCAUGUGGAAAAGGUGCUUGAGGAGUGCAAUGCAGUACUCCAGUGGGCGGACGCCGAUCAAGACGCCACAAAGGAGGACUACGAGCAAAAGCGCAAAGAGCUGGAGACUAUCCGCACCAUUAAGAGCCAUUUGUAA